GUGCGGUUCGCGGCGCCUCCCACUGGCUCCUUGAGGUGGCAAGCACCCCGAACACCGGACUUUGUGGAUGGCAUACAGAACGCUACGUCAGAACCGGACGAAUGUUUGCAAGCAGGAACAGGCGCCGGUGCCACAAAUCCUUUUCCUGCGAACAAGAGGGCCCCUUCUGUUGCAGAAUCUGAAGAUUGUCUCUUCUUGAACGUGUAUCUGCCUGGGCAGCUCGAUUCUCAAACCUCUAGCAAAAAUUUACCUGUCGUCGUAUGGAUUCAUGGAGGAGGUUAUGUUGCCGGUGGUGCCGACACUUAUGAUGGGAACGACCUAGUCCUUGAGUCUGGCAACAAAGUCGUUGCCGUGGUUAUCCAAUAUCGUCUGGGAUUGUUUGGAUUCCUGGCUGGAGAGUCAGUUAAAGCAAAUGGCGUAUUGAAUGCUGGCCUUCUGGAUCAACAAUUUGCGCUUCAGUGGGUCCAGGAACACAUCACCAAGUUCGGUGGAGAUCCAAGCCGAGUCACUAUCUGGGGCGAAUCUGCUGGUGCUGGUUCUGUUCUUCAGCAAGUCAUUGCCAAUGGUGGACAGACGUUUCCGCCUUUGUUCAGAGGUGCAAUAACAAGCUCCAGUUUCCUGCCUUCACAAUAUGCAUAUAACGAUGUGGUUCCGGAGUUCCUGUACAACACCGUGGUAUCAAGGACGAACUGUACCUCGGCGGCCGAUUCGUUGACAUGCCUGAGAAAUGCUGACGCAGGGACUCUCGAAGAGAUCAAUGUUGACCUUUGUAUCAGCGGAUUUUUCGGCACCUACGUAUUUGUGCCAGUUGUUGAUGGAGAUUUCAUAAGGCAACGGCCGACGGUAGCUUUGGGGGAAGGAAAAGUCAACGGCGAGGUUGUCAUGUCCGUUACAAACUCAAAUGAGGGGCUCAUAUUCGUCGACUUGAGUACUGCAAACACUGUCCAGGUUCCUGACUAUCUGACACAACUAUUUCCGACCCUGAGCGCUCAGCAACGCGACGUUGCCGUUGCAAAAUACGCUAGUCUUGGAACUCCAAUCGAGCAGGUCACCGCUAUAAUGGGAGAA